CCCCUGCAUCCUUUAUUUCCCUGCAACACUACACCUUUGGCAUUUGGAGAUUUCCUUUUUGAGGGGGAUGCCUACACCUGUCCUGGUCAGCUUUGGGCACCUGCUGUAAUCCGGCCAGGCUAUCUGAUGACCGAUCGCUCAGAGGGAUGACGGUAUUAGUCUGCUUUAACCUGCAGGGUCCCAGUAGGGCUGUGAAAUAGAUGCUACUUUUCUAGAUGAGUGUAAGCUAGCUGACUGAACAGAAGACCCCAGAAUCCCACCUGCAGACAUGAAUGGUGGGUUUAAUAUUUGGGCUAUAACCCCUGAAGAAAGAGGCAAACAUGAUAAACAGUUUGACUCUCUUUCUCCCACACUGGGAUACGUGUCAGGAGAUCAAGCGCGCAAGUUUUUCCUGCAGUCUGGCCUUCCUGCGUCAGUGCUGGCUGAGAUCUGGGCGUUGGCCGACAUGGGCAGGGAUGGAAAGAUGGACAGAUUAGAGUUCUCCAUUGCCAUGAAGCUGAUUAAGCUGCAGCUGCAGGGUCAGCCGCUGCCCUCCUCUCUGCCCGUCAUCAUGAAGCAGACGCCUGUCCCUUCGAUGACCUCAUCGGCACGCUUCGGUAUGGGGUCAAUGCCUAACCUGUCGGUCAUGCCAGCGAUGCCAAUGCUCACACCCUUGCCUCUCGGCUCCUCUGUGACCUCCAUGACCUCCGUGACCUCUAUGACCUCUUUGACCUCUAUGCCAGCUGUGCCCCCCAUUUUGCCCGGAGCACUGCCCAUGCCACUGAUUCCUGACCCCCUCAGCAUGCCAGCCUUACCCAACGGCACUGCUACCCUUCUCACACCAACACCAGCUGUCCCUCUCUCUACAGGCCUGAGUAAAUCUCACUCACUCUUGGACUUGGCUUCCAGCAGCUCUAACUCCUCCUCCACCACCUCCCUGGCGAGUAACUCCCCAAAGACUGGAGCGUGUGAUUGGGCGGUGCCUCAGUCGUCCCGCCUCAAAUACCGCCAGCAGUUCAACAGUCUGGACAAACUGAUGAGUGGAUACCUGUCAGGUCCUCAGGUCAGAAAUGCUCUAACUGCCUCUAACCUUACCCAGACUCAGCUGGCCACCAUAUGGACUUUAGCGGAUGUGGAUCGUGACGGUCAGUUGCGAGCAGAAGAGUUCAUUCUGGCUAUGCAUCUGGUGGACAUGGCUAAAACUGGGCACCCUUUACCCCUGACCCUUCCUGCUGAUCUAGUGCCACCGUCUUUCAGAACAGGGAAGUCAUGUGACCUGCUGAAUGGCUCCAUUCCUCUUAUCAACACUGACCUCAUCGAACCAGAUCUUCCACAGAAGAGCAAGAGUAACGUGUCUUUUGAGGAUAAACUGAAGGAGAAUUUCCAGAGAGGCAGCAUGGAGCUGGAGAAACGACGGCUGGCUUUGCAGGAGGAGCAGCGGAAGGAGGAGGAACGCAGGAGAGAGGAAGAGAGGAGAGAAGAGGAGAGGAGACGGCAGAAAGAGAGGGAGGAGCAGGAGCGGAGAGAGAGGGAGGCGCGGGAGCUGGCGCUGCGCAGGCAGAGAGAGGAGGAGCAGCGGAUGGAGAGGCAGAAAGAGAUGGAGAGACGGAGGGAAGAGGAGAGACUGAAAGACCUGGAGCGGCAGGAGGCAGUGGAGAGACAGAGACGGAUGGAGUGGGAGAGGGCGAAGCGUGCCGAGCUUCAGGCUCAGAGAGAGAGAGAGCAGCGAGACAUCGAGAGACUCACAGCCAGGAAGAGGAGCCUGGAGCUGGAGCUGGAGGCUGUGGGUAACAAGCACAAGCAGAUUUCAGACUGCCUCCGCGAAGCCCAGAGCAAGAGGCGGGUUCAGAGGGCAGAGCUAGAGCUCAUCAAUCAGAGGCGGGACGGUCGCAUCGCCGACAUCAACUCUCUGCAGCUGCAGUUUGAGGAUGUUCAGAGGCAGCUGACUAGUCUGACUCCAGAGAAGCAGAAACUAGCAGACAGACUGAGAGAGCUCACUCAGACCAGCACUACACGUGGGGGAGUGAGUGACAUGAAGCAGAGCGUGAGUGAGAAGGAUCUGAGCUGUAGGAAGCUGAAGGAGCAGCUGGACGCUCUGGAGAGAGAGACGACAGCCAAGCUGUGUGAGAUGGAGCGCUACAACCGGGACAUGAAGUUAGUGGAGAUGGAUGACUGUGUGCUAAAGGGGCUUCUGUCACUGUUGGGCUGUCUAACCAAUCUCUUCCUUCUAAUAAAGGAGCUGAGGGAGAGGCAGCGACAGCAGCAGGCUGUGCUGGAGCAGCUGAGCCGAGUGAAAGCAGAGAAAGUGAAGGAGCUGCAGAGACGGCGACAGGAGCAGGAGGAAAGGAGGAGGAGAGAGGAAGAGGAGGCCAGACAGGCUAAGCUGGAGCAGGAGCGCCUGCAGAAGGAGGAGGCCGAGAGGAAAAUCGCCCAGGAGAGAGAGAGGAGGCAAGCGGAGGAGAGAGAGAAGGAGGAGAGAAGGAGAGCGGAGGAGAGAGAGAAGGAGGAGAGGAGGAGAGCGGAGGAGAGAGAGAAGGAGGAGAGGAGGAGAGCGGAGGAGAGAGAGAAGGAGGAGAGGAGGAGAGCGGAGGAGAGAGAGAGGAUAAGAGAGAGUGAAGGAGGAAAGAAGCCUGAGAACAGUGUGAAUACAGAUCUUCACUCACAGCUCUCUGCUCUGCUUAACAGCACAGCCAACGGACCCGGUGUGCUGCCUGUUUUAAAUGCUCAGGGGAAGCUGAACACCUACAGAGCCCUGUACCCCUUCACUGCCCGCAACGCUGAUGAACUCACACUGGAGGCAGACGGCCUCAUAGAGGUGGACGAGUCUACGGUCAGGGAGCCCGGCUGGCUGUAUGGAAGUUACGGAGGAAAGAGCGGCUGGUUUCCAGAAAGCUACGCAGAGAAGAUCAAUAAAGACAUGACAGAUCCUACAGCAGUUCUCACGCACACUACAGCACCCCCUGCUGACUACUCCAGGAUUCCCAGGGUGGAUAUAGAAGGUCCGACACCCACACACACUCCUGCAGCCACACUCUCACAGCAUGCACAGGCCAUAGCUGUCUGUGCAUGGACAGCAAACACUGAGAGUCAUCUGGGGUUCUCUAAGGAUGAUGUCAUCACGGUUCUGGAGCAGCAGGAGAACUGGUGGUAUGGCGAACUCGGGGAAAACAGAGGCUGGUUCCCCAAAACCCACGUCUCCAUGGUGACCACCAACAACUUCCAUACUGAACCAUUGUAUUCCACUGUUGAUGAACUGGACCUUCCUGACUCUGGUCCACUUGAAGAAUAUGUGGCCCUGUACACGUACGAGAGUCCAGAGUCAGGUGACCUGACAUUCCGGGCUGAGGACGUUAUCUUGGUAACGGAGAAGGAGGGGGAGUGGUGGAAAGGCUGCAUCGGUGACCAAUCGGGACUCUUUCCUUCCAACUAUGUUAAACCCAAAGACUCAGACACUGCCAAAUCUGGUGUGUCCAGUAAAAAGCCAGAGAUUGCCCAGGUAACAGCAGCUUGCAUCGCAACAACAGCGGAGCAGCUGAGUCUAACCCCUGGUCAGCUGAUCCUGGUUCUUCAUAAAAACUCCUGUGGCUGGUGGCUAGGAGAACUCCAGGCUCGUGGAAAGAAGCGUCAAAAGGGAUGGUUCCAAUCCUCAAACAUCAAACUGCUGGAGCCCAACAGUGGCAAGACCACCCCUGCACCUCCGCCACUGUGUCAGGUCAUCGCUAUGUAUGACUACAAAGCAGCCAGCGAGGACGAGAUGAGCUUCUUGAAAGGUCAGCUAAUUAAUGUCCUCAACAAGGACGACUCUGAUUGGUGGAAAGGAGAGCUCAACGGGGUCAUGGGGCUUUUUCCGACCAACUACGUGAAAAUGACCACAGAGUCCGAUCCCAGUCAGCAAUGGUGCGCGGACCUGCAUAGCUUAGACUCCAUGAGCUCAGAGGAGAGGAAGCGGCAGGGCUACAUCCACGAACUCAUUCACACAGAGCAGACCUACCUACAGGACCUGGAGCUGGUGCUGGAGGUGUUCUAUAAGCCGAUGGCUGAAUCAGGCCGUCUGACUGAGGCUGAGAUGGCGGUGAUUUUCGUCAACUGGAGGGAACUGAUCAUGUGCAACACCAAGCUACUCAAAGCUUUGCGUGUGCGUAAGAAAACAGCAGGUGAGAGGAUGCCGGUGCAGGUGAUUGGUGAUAUCCUCUCCUCUGAGCUUGCGCACAUGCAAGCCUACAUCCGCUUCUGCAGCUGCCAGCUCAACGCUGCUGCCCUGCUGCAGCAGAAGACUGACGCAUCGCCCGACUUCAAGCUCUUCUUAAAGAAAAUUGCUACUAAUUACCGCUGUAAAGGAAUGCCACUGUCCAGUUUCCUGCUGAAGCCCAUGCAGAGGAUCACGCGCUAUCCUCUGCUCAUCAGAAACAUUCUGGAGAAUACACCAGUGGGGCAUGUAGAUCAAGCUAACCUGCGGGAGGCGCUGGAGAGAGCAGAGGAGCUGUGCUCUCAGGUGAAUGAGGGCGUGAGGGAGAAAGAAAACUCAGACAGGCUGGAGUGGAUCCAGAACCAUGUGCAGUGUGAAGGGGUCAUCGAGCACCUGGUCUUUAACUCUCUAACCAACUGCCUGGGUCCUCGCAAGCUACUGCACAGCGGCCGAGUGUGGAAGACCAAGAGUAGCAAGGAGCUGUGGGCUUUCCUCUUCAACGACUUCCUCCUCCUCACCUACACCUCCAAGCAGUUCUCCUCCAGCUCUGAUAAGCUCUUCAGCCCCAAAUCUAACACCAUGUACAAGAUGUAUAAAACGCCUGUGUUCUUGAAUGAAGUGCUGGUUAAAAUGCCGUCUGACCCCUCCAGCGACGACCCGAUCUUUCACAUCUCACACAUUGACCGUGUGUACACACUGAAAGCCGACAGCAUCAAUGAGAGGACCGCCUGGGUCCAGCGAAUCAAAGCAGCCUCGGAGCAUUUCAUAGAGACGGAAAAGCUGAAGAGAGAGAAGGCGUACCAAGCUCGCUCUCAGAAGACAAGCGGUAUUGGACGAUUGUUGGUAACAGUUCAGGAGGCUGUUGAGCUGAAACCCUGCAAGCCUAACGGUAAGAGUAACCCAUACUGUGAGCUGUCUAUGGGAGCGCAGUGUUACACCUCUCGGCCUCAGAACGACACGCUCAACCCCAAAUGGAACUUCAACUGCCAAUUCUUCAUUAAAGACCUGUACCAGGACGUCCUUUGCAUCACCAUCUUCGAGCGUGACCAGUUCUCUCCUGACGACUUCCUGGGUCGUACCGAGGUUCCCGUGGCGACCAUAAAGAAGGACCAGGAGGGGAAAGGGCCGCUGACUCGGCGGCUGCUGCUCCACGAGGUUCCCACAGGAGAGGUCAGAGUUCGCCUCGACCUGCAGCUUUAUGAGCAGACGCCCCUCCUCUGACCACGAACCUUCUACCCCUCAGACACGACACUUUGAUUUCACGCAGAUGAAACUCUUCUCAGACGCUCAUUUCUAGAAGUCCAUGAGUUACUGCGGCUGAGCUAGGAGUGAGUUCAGUUUCACUAGAGGGCGCCAAAGAUUAUGUUAGUAAAUCGUCGCUGAACAAGCUCUUCCAGACUCUGCUGUCUGGAAUAUUUGGAAUACUCUGCUGAAUAUUUGGAUUUGAUAGUCAGUGGUAAAAUUAUAAUAAUAAUAGUAAUAAUAGUAAUAAUGUUACUAUUAUAAAUAUGAGCCACAUGGUUAAUUUGAAAAAAGGUGGAAGUUUGGCUAGAUAUGCACUCAACGUGACAUUGUUAUGAGCAGGACGGAAAUUCUGGCCUCUAUACGUUUUCAUGAGAAUCAUUUCUGUGCACAGCAUUUUGAGUUUGCUGCCUGUUUUUUGAGUUUUAAUAAGUGCAUCUUGCCUUCUUCAGUAACCACUCCUGUACAGUCAAAAGUUUGUGCGCUCCUGGUCAAAGGCUGCAUGUUUUGCUGGUUGUCUAAGCGUAAAUAAGUUAACACAUCUUCUACAGAGGGCACAUUGCUAUGCAUUUUAAUGCAUAAAUACUGCAGAUUUCCUGAAUUUAACAUAUUUCUGAGAAAAAAAAAGAAACCGUGCAAAAGUUACGCC